AUGCAAUGGCAACGGGGUUUAAGAAAUUUUGAUUCAGAAUGUGAAAUUUUGAGCAAUGUAAGACACAGAAACUUGGUCAAGAUAGUGUCGACUUGUUCAAAUUUGGAUUUCACAGCAAUUGUGCUGGAGUACAUGCCUAAUGGAAGCUUAGACAAGAGAUUAUACUCUGAUGAAAAUUCCUUGAACCUGCUAGCGCCCAUUGUGCACUGUGAUCUGAAGCCAGCUAACGUGCUUCUUGAUCAGGAUCUGAGUGCUCAUGUACGUUGCAGAUUUUGGAAAUGCAAAAAUGUUGGCACAAGAAGGAAACAUUGCUCAAACCAAUACUCUCGAAACUAUGCUCCAGCAUUGAAAACAAGGACACCCAAUUGUGUAAGGAGCGAGAAAGCAGCAAUGAGGAUGUCAGUGAAGUUUGAAGGUAUAAGUGAGGAAUUGCAGAAGAUAAAUAGAUGCUAA